AUGGAUCCAGAAAGAGAGAUCGAAGAAGCAGCGCAGUUGGUCACAUCCGAACCGGUCUCCUACCUCGACAUCCUGACACCAUCGGCGAUCCCAGCCUGUGAAGAUCCGCUUGCCUACGUCCCAGAAGCAAAGACACUGCUCGAAGCGGAUGCAGAGGAAGAGCUGCUACAGCGACAAGAUCAGCGUCGUAAGCUCGCCGAGCAAGAGAGCUUGCGCGGCGUCCUUUACCGAGCGCGUGCGUGGGUGCAACAUCACUUGACUGUGGGCGGAGGAAUCAGGCUCACAAAUCUCCAACGCGGACUGCUCAAAUGCUUUAUCGCAUACUUUCUCGCUUCGCUGUGUACCUUUUCCCCCGUGCUGUCUAGGCGGCUCGCUAUGCUGCUUCCAAAUCACGACCCGGACAAAAAGGUGCCAAUCUCCAAUCUGCACAUGAUCGCUACUGUUUCAGUCUAUUUCCACCCCGCCAAGACGCUCGGCGCCAUGCUCGAGGCAGACAUGUAUGCCCUGGUCGGAUUUGUCUACUCUCUACUGUUGACCACGCUGUCGAUGCUCACCGCUGUCUUCUUGCACAACCUCGAUCUUGCGCUGCUGUCAAACUUCCUCAUCGUCUCCAUCUUCCUCGGCGGGGGAAUGGGGUUUAUGGCGUGGGCAAAAGUGCGCAUGGCAAGCCCGUCAUUCAACACGGCCUGCAGCAUGAUCGGCAUUGUCGUCUUCACCGUCAUGAUCAAGGAAGGCGCCGCGCACCUCGGCCGCUUUUCGAGCGACAAGAGCCUGCAAGUGACCAUCUGUGUCAUCAGCGGCGUGUUCAUCUCCAACCUCAUUUGCUUUGCCAUCGGCCCGCAGAGCGCCACAAAGGCACUGCAAGCAGAUAUUAGGCGCAACUUGACCGGCUUCGCGACCUUGCUCAAGGUGCUCACCAAGACCUUCUUGUUGGACGACCCGCGGAACUUCAGCCUUGACAGCGAGCGCAUCAAGCAGGCAAUCGACGACCACCACACCAGUUUCACUUCGCUCAAGAAAAACCUACGCGAGGCGCAGAUGGAACGCAUGCUCGACGCACGCAUGCGAGGCCAGGCGCCCGCCCGCUAUGCCGACGUCGUCGGCAGCAUGAACCGCCUCGCGCAGCAUCUCGGCGGUCUCAGGAGUAGCUGUGGCUUGCAACAGAGGAUCAUCUCCAAGCAGAAGGAGGCAACGGCAGCGGCGGCGAAGCAAGCUGCAAUGGAAAGUGAAGCUGCUGCGCGCCGACCAGAGGCGGGAGGAGAAGAUCCGUUCGCUGCUGGAGAGGCAGAGGUUGACGCUGACAAUGAUGGACAGUGGAAAGCUAGGACAGACGCUUUCGGCGACUUUGUGCAGUUCAUUGGUCCACAUAUGCGCAGCUUGGUUUUCACAAGCAGUCGCACACUUCGCAAUCUGCGCUCCGCUUUCUUGACGGCAGGCGACGUGGCACUACCAGAGGUUCGCGGGAACGAACAACACAAUGUUGCCCGGGAGGCUUCUUUUGCCAGUACCGCCACGCAGCCGCCACAACACAACCACUACAUUCCAGGCAGUAGCUUCACGUUGCUAUCUGAGGACGUUCGUCUUGCUCUUGAGCGUUUUCGUCACGAGCAGAGCAUUUCGAUCAAACGGAUUUACGAGAACACUAUGUAUGACGAAUGCAGGUCCGUCGAUCAGCUGGAGGCUGUCGCAAGAGCGACGAAAAGCUUGGCCGACGAAGAGAUCAUGCCGGAUGAGCAGGUCUUCCUUGUCUUUUUCUUUGUCUUCAACUUGGAGGAGUUCGCAAAAGAAUUGCAGUAUCUCACUGCUGCACUGGAACAGAUCCGUCAGCAAGAGGAGCGCAUAGUCCGGCGCAGGGCAAUGCCUAUGCAACAAUGGCUGAAAUCUUUAUGUACUUGCGACAGCAUGCCCUCCUUCAGUCUGCGUGGCAGGAGGCACAGCUGCAGACAGGGAAGGCGAAAAAUGAAGGAGCCUCAGGUCACCUUCCCAGACUACCGGCCACACCAAGUGAACACCGGCCAAACGCCUGCGGCAGAUACAUUGAAUAUGCGCAUGUCGCGCGUCAUUUGGUCUCUUGGCAACUUUCUGCGGAGGCCCGAUAUCAAGUUUUCCAUCAAGACGGGUGUUGGCGCUGCGCUCAUGGCAGCGCCCGCGUUUAUCCAUGCCACACGUCCCAUCUUCAAGGACUACCAGGGCCAAUGGGCGCUUGUGAGCUACAUGAUCGUCAUGUCACCCACCGUGGGCCAGAGCAACCAGAUGAGUUUCCAGCGCAUUGCUGGGACAGUGAUCGGAGCCGGCGCAGCCUACACCGCCUAUACGCUCUUCCCGGAUAACAACGUCGCGCUGCCAAUCUUUGGCGCGCUUUUCUCCGUCCCGUGCUUUUGGGCGAUCGUGGCCAAACCCCAGCACGCAUCGGCAGGCCGCUUCGUCCUGCUGACGUACAAUUUGACGGCACUGUACAGCUACAACCUGCGCAAGCUCGGGAUCGAAGUGGAGCAAAUCGCGAUCAAGCGCAUGAUCUCCGUCAUCAUUGGCGUCACGUGGGCUUCGCUGCUCACACAUCUCGUCUGGCCCAUGGAGGCACGAAGGCAACUUGCGGAGGGUAUGGCGGACCUCAUGUUCAAACUCUCCUACCUUUAUCAGCGUCUUGUGCUUAGCUACUCGGCAGAACCACCGGACCGGCCAGCGACGAUGCCGCAGCACGAUUGGGAAGGGGAUGAGGAGAGCCGGCCGCUGCUGGCCCCGGAUGAAGGCUCUAGGCAGCGAGACCAAUUCCAGCCUUUGGAGCUGCAGUUGCAAGUAGCAAUUAUUCGACUGGAAGGGCUGCUUGUGCAGACCAAGCAUGAGCCGCGUCUGAAAGGGCCAUUCCCCAUCGCCAAGUACAAAGCGAUGAUCAACAGCUGCCAGAGCAUAUUAGACAAGCUGCACAGCAUGCGCUGCGUCACGGGUCGGGAUGCGUGGCAUCACCUGGUACGGCGCGACUUUGUCAUUCCGGUCAACCCGUACCGGCGAGAGAUGGUCGGCAACGUGCUGUUGUAUUUCUACAUCCUCGGCAGCGCGUUCCACCUCAAGAGCCCGCUGCCGCCGUACUUGCCCGCGGCAAAUGCGGCGCGCAAGGCACUGCUGGAGCGUAUCCGCGCGCUGCCGGUCGUGCGCAAGCGGCAGGUGCGCGGAGGGACGGAGUACCUGUUGUUCUACUCGUACGCGCUCGCAAUGAAGGAGGUCAUUGAGCAGCUCGAGCACUUAGGCCGCAUCGCACAGGACAACUUUGGCGUCCUCGGCGGCGGCGUCGAGUCGUUUGAGCAGCAGUUCAGACACGCACCGGCGUCCACUGCCGCCACGCCACGCCUCUCGACGAUCGGGAUAUCCGCGAGCGAACAGCAGCGCUGA